GGAAAACCAGGUGCCACCAAAACCCAAUAACUGCAACACCACAUCGUCAGGAAACAACCCCUCCCCCUAUUCACUUUGUCCUUCCUUCCCCCCCCUCUCUGCUUUUCAGCGCCUCCCUCUCUCUCUCUCUCUCUUCCCCAUAUAUACACCCUCACAAAAUACAUAUGUAAAGCGAUGUCAUCAUAUUCUAGCAGAGGCAAACACGCCCCAGAAGAAAGAAGAAACAUGGAAACAGGAGAAGAGUCCACACCACCCACCCCUCUCUAUCUCUCUCUCUCUCUACAAUGGCCCAGUUGGACCAAAAUUUAUCUGUAGGAGAGAAAAACAAAAAAAGAAUGGAGAGAGAGAAGAAAGGAAGAAAGAAAGAGGUGGGCAGCCUCAAAUGUCCUCCAAUCCAACCAAACUCACCUCCUUACCUCACUGGUACGCAUAAAAAUAACAACACGUUGCCACAAUUGCCCUUCUGCAACCCCCCCAAAAGAUCCCAAUCCCAUCUUCAUCACUCCCACCCUCUCAAACCAACUAUGUUUUUCCCCGAUUUAUUUGUGGGCUUUUUGGGCUUUGUCUCGGUCAGAGCUUCGCACAGACAAACAGCAAACCAAGACCCUUCUCGCCUCCUCUCCUCUUUCUUUUCCCCCUUUCUGGCUUUUUACUCUCUCUCUCUCUCUCUCUCUCUCGCUUCUCUCUCCCUCUCUCUAUUUACACAUAUUCCUUUCCUUCGUCUUCUUCUCCUUCUUCUUCUUCUUCUUCUUCUUCUUCUUCCAGUUUUUUGUUUCUUGGCUAGCGGGUUCUUUGUGUUUCUUGCGAUCUGAUCAUGUCCAGAAAGGUGAAAGCAGUUGCUUUGAAUUCGUCGCCUUUUGGUCCAUUCGAGGAUGCCAAGGCCAGAUUUAGGCACCAGACUCUUGUGCAGGACUACCGGGAGUUGCAUAAGGAAACUGAGGCCGUAAGAAGCAAGUUGGAGGUUAUGAAACAAAGGAAAUUAACCCUUUUGGCUGAAGUCGGCUUUCUACGACGUCGUCACAAAUACCUGUUGAAAAACAAGGCUGCAAAACCCCACCAGGGACAAGAAUUUGUCCAGCCCAAAAUCAUUGAAUCCCAACAGAAAAACACAAAGAAGAAAAACUAUGGUAGAAAGGAAGCCAAGCUGCGAAAAGUAGCUCCAAUUGUUGAUGUAAACCAGAAGGAAAGAAAGGAUUCUGCUCAUAGAAAUCCAAGUCCAAUUCUUGAUUUAGACGAGAAGGAUAGGGUACUGACUGGAAAAGAAGCUUCUUUUAGAAGCAGAACUUCUGUUUUUGAUUUGAAUUGGAAUGAAAGAACAUAUGGCGGAAUGGAUGCUAACUUCCGGAACCCCAUUCCAAUUCUUGAUUUGGACCAGAUGGAAAGGUUUUACAGCAGAAAGGAAACUAGUUCCCGAAACCCAGCUCUGUCUUUUGAUCUAAACCAGAUGGAAAGGGCUUAUAUUGGAAGGGAAGACACUGCACAGAACCGAGCUCAUCUUUUUGACCUGAAUCAGAUCUCGGGAGAGGAGGAACUAGAGGAUAAUUACGAACCGAUGAGAAUGGAGGAGCAAAAGACAUUUUUGGUCAGAGGUGGAACUGAAGAGCAUCUCAAUGACUUGAAAUUAUCGAUAUGUAGAAAUGUCGGAAAUGGAUCAAAUCGGGCCGGCAAAAGGAAGAUUUCAUGGCAGGACCAGGUUGCCUUGAAGGUCUGAGUUAUCCUUUUUGAAUUGCAUUCUUCAGAUAUCCAUGUUUCAUAGCUUCUCCUUGUGAAGGAAAACAUAGCUCUGAUAUGUUGAACAUAGACAAAACUGGUGGAAGUAUUGCCUAGAAAUCACAUUGUUCACCAUGCAAAUUUUUUUUUUUUUUUUGGGUUUUCAUGUAUAUAUUUCCUGUUUAGUUGGACAAACGGGGUACACGGAAUCUUGUAAUGGUGCAGUUAUUCUCAGUUACGAAAUCUUUUCAUCUA